CUUCUUCCUUGGGAAGCAGCAAAAUUGAGAAAGCGACACAAAAUUGAAAAUUCCCUCAACUAUAUAUUAUAUACUCCAUACAUACACACAUUAUACAUACGGCGGGUUAAAUUCCUUCAACACAAAGAAACUUUAUCAGCUCAACAACACCUGCAUUUGAAUUCAGUUUCAUUCAGUUACAUACACAUAUAUAUAAUAUACUGAUCGAGGAGAUAAUUAAUUAGAAGAUGCGGAGCAUGUCGAGUUCCGCCUCAUCUAGAGGCAUAGCUGCCAUUGUGGGCGUUGGGCCUCAACUUGGCCGCUCCAUCGCUCGCAAGUUCGCUCAUGAAGGUUAUACAGUUGCUAUACUCGCCCGCGACUUAGAGAGAUUAUCUAGAUUUGCUGAUGAGAUAGCGAGAGAAGAGAAGGCUCAGGUAUUUGCUAUCCGAAUCGAUUGCUCCAAUUUACGAAGUGUAAGAGAGGCAUUUGAAGGAGUUCUAUCUCUGGGUUUUGUGGAAGUCUUGGUUUACAAUGCAUAUCAGCCAGUAUCUUGGAACCCCACAAAUUUUACCCAUACUAGAGUUGAACAAUUCGAAAAAGCUAUAGCCGUCUCCUCCGUCGGCGCCUUCCACUGCGCUCAACAGGUACUACCAGGAAUGGUGGAAAGAGGAAGAGGGACGGUUCUCUUCAGUGGUUGCUCAGCUUCUCUUAAUGGCUUUGCAGGAUACUCCGAAUUAUGCUGUGGGAGGUUUGCAGUGAGAGGGUUAUCACAAUGUUUGGCAAGAGAGUUUCAGCCACUUGGGAUACACGUUGCCCAUGUUAUCAUUCACGGCAUCGUCGGCGCACCUCGGGGGCUAAUGUCAUCGACUUCACAGCAAGGAUUGUUGGUUGGGGAACAAGAACAACAAAGAGGACGAAGGGAUGGUUUGAUGGACCCGGAUGCGCUGGCGCAGACCUACUGGUACUUGCACAUUCAAGAUAGAUGUGCUUGGACCCAGGAGAUUGAUCUUCAUCCCUCCAGCCAAAGAUGUACCUAGAAACAAGUUCUUGAACCAUUUGGUCAAAAAUGCCUAUUUGUUUGUUUUUCCUUUGAUAUGUGGUUCUGUCUUUAGUACAAAGUCAUUAGUGAGUCACUUCAUCGUCAACCCACCCAUAUGUUCUAGAACUAGAAAUGGUCUGUUAAGUUACACAUUUCAAAUUUAGUGUGGUAUUGUGGGAUUGAUGUGUAAAUUUGAUUUGGUUUGGAUUUGUAGCAAGUGAUGAUCAAUUUUAAUUAAGGAACAUGAAUGAGAGCUUUGCAUGAGUUUUAAGAUAUAAUGAAAAUUCUUCAACUAUUAUAAUUUGUA